CCCUGCCUGGCCUCUGCUGUCACAGUUUGGCUGAUGAGAGGAGUGUGAUGGCUGUACAUACUGGUCAAUGGCCUGUGCUGAAUGGGUGUGGUUGGGUAGAGGUGGAGAUCUGAUAUGAAUGCUUUGAUCAACUCGAGUUGGUUGGUCUUCUGGCAGUUUGAACAGUGUUUGACAAAGGGAUACUUGGAAUUACAACACAGAAGAAGCAUGAGGCAGCGUUGUGUUCUUAAACAUGGAAUACUCAAGGAAUUCCUGGCAGAGUUCCUGGGAACAUUUGUCUUGGUUUUAUUCGGUUGUGGUUCAGUUGCUCAGACCGCCCUCAGUCGAAACACCCUCGGUGACCCGCUCACCAUCCACAUUGGCUUCUCUGUAGGACUGAUGAUGGCAGUGUAUGUGGCUGGAGGAGUAUCAGGGGGCCACGUGAACCCUGCUGUUUCUCUGGCCAUGGUGAUUCUGGGCAAACUAAAGAUCUGGAAGUUUCCCUUCUAUGUCAUUGCUCAGUUUCUUGGUGCUUUUGCUGGAGCUGCUGCAGUCUUUGGGUUAUAUUAUGACGCCUUCAUGGAUUUCACAAGUGGGAGUCUGUCAGUGACAGGGAUCAACGCAACAGGUCACAUUUUUGCUUCCUACCCCGCGAGACACCUGUCAGUCCUUGGCGGCUUCAUCGAUCAGGUGGUGGGGACAGGUAUGCUGGUUUUGUGUAUCCUUGCUAUCAUCGAUGAUGGAAACAUUGGAGCUCCCAGAGGCAUGGAGCCGCUGGCCAUCGGCCUGAUCUUCAUGGCCAUUGGUGUGUCCAUGGGACUGAACUGUGGCUACCCCCUGAACCCUGCCAGAGACCUGGGACCCCGACUGUUCACGGCUAUAGCAGGAUGGGGGAUGGAGGUCUUUACCACUGCAGACUACUGGUGGUGGAUCCCUGUGGCGGGACCCAUGGUGGGGGGAGUUGCUGCAGCCGUCAUCUACUACCUGCUCAUUGAGCAGCAUCACCAUCACGAUGAGCCCCAAAAGCCCCAGGAGGAUGAGGAGGAGGAAGACGAGGAGGAGGAUGAGGACAGCAGUCUGAGGGACAAAUACGAGAUGAUCUCCAUGAACUAAAACUGAUGUCAACCUCCAGAACUGACUGGUCAGAUUCAGCUGUUUUACUGUCAGUCAGACGACAAUAGCUCAGCACAGUUUACAUCUGUAAGGACAGACAUCCAUUAAUAAACUGCCUGACUUUUAAUAUGCUUUAUAUAUACAUAUAUAUGUGUGUGUGUGUGUGUGUGUGUAUUGUAAACACUGUAUUGUAAUUAUUAGCAAAAAAUACCCUUCAUUUGAAUGUAAACUUUAUGUCAGUUUCCUUUAAGGUUUGCUCCUGUUUUAUUCACUGGUUGUCAUUAUCUGUAUAUUCAGUUAAAAGUUUUUGUUAUUUUUUGGUUCUACCUUGUCAUUAUUUUGUUAAGAGAUAUUUCACUUCAGGGACUUGUUUUUCUUAAAUGCUGAGAUGCCAUCAUCUGUUGUGUUCUGCAGUUACAUAGACUGAAUUUGUUGAUUUGGAAAACCAUAUUUCCUCCAAACCCACACAUCCUAAAUAAUGAAUACAGUUUUUGCCCUCCAACAGGCACUUUAAAGUCCCUCGGUUUAAAAGGAACAGGCUAAAAAACUCCUUUGUACAUCAUUCCAUCCUGCUGUUAAACCAAAAGGGUGUCGCUAUGUAAGAUCUGUAUCAGAGAACAUGAGUGGUGUGUUUAAUUUUAUUUUGUUGCCAGCUGUUAUCCAUCCAUCCAUUAUCUAUACUGCUUAUUCCUGAAUAGGGUUGCAGGGGGGCCGGAGCCAAUCCCACAACCCCAGCUGACAUCGGGUGCGAGGCGGGGUCCACCCUGGACAGUUCACCAGUCUAUCAGAGCUGACAUGUAGACAAACAACCACACUGAAGAAGAGCUGACAGGCUGCACAGCACAAACAAGGAAAAGUUCUCAGAGAGCUGGGUCUAUAGAAAAACAUCAAUGCUGCCAACAAGUUCAGUAUGAAUACUGUUUCAGCAAAGCAUCCGUUACCUUCAACUGAACUGAUAAAUUCUUUUUAAUUGUAAGGACCUGUGUCUGUAGGUUUGAAUUAAAAUGAAAAGACAGAAUAAUAUUGAUAAUGACAGAUGAUAAUUC